CAAUACAUAUUAUGUUUAACGCGAUCUUAUUUAGUGUAAAGUGUAGUGCAUAUUAUAGCGGAAACACGUUUUACAUGUAAACAUCACGUUCAAUAACAAAUUUUCUAUACAACGAAAGCACAUGUGCGCACUAUAAGUUUACAUUUUUCGCGCAUACGUGGAACAAACAUGGCAGAAUCAAAGGAACGGAACAUUACUAGAAAGAUUAUCAUUGCCGUGGAUGGCAGUCAAAUUUCUAUGGAUGCGUUCAAAUGGUAUGCGGAAAGAUUACAUCAAGAAGGAGACUAUGUUGUCGUUUUAUAUACCCCUGAAUUCAGGAAUCUUACUCAUGUUUCUGUGAUGGCUGCCGACAUGUCAUUAGUACAAAAGAUUGUGGAUGAUGAAAAACAAAGAACUGACGCUCUUCUCAAGAAAAUGAGAGAACUCAUGAAAACGUCCGAGGUACAAGGCGAAGCCAAGCAGUCGCAAGGAGACCCCGGAGAACAGAUCGUAGAAGCAGCCAAUGAGCUUGAUGCAAGUUUGAUUAUAACUGGAAGUCGUGGCCUUGGAACUUUGAGACGUACCUUCCUUGGCAGCGUCAGUGAUUACGUGGUACACCACGCCCACAUUCCUGUUCUCGUGUACAAGCCUGAACACAAAGAAUGAGUUAAUUUUUACUUCAGGGGAACUCGGGUCAAAUAAGUAUCUCGGAAAACGACAAAAAUUUGGAGAAAUGUACAUUUUAUCUUUUAAUUGUUCUCUUAUGAACAUAUGUGUAUAUAUAUAUAUUUCAACGGCAUUUAUGUGUUCAGGGCAGAGUGUGUGUUGCAUAAAGUGGACCAGAGUAGCUACAUUACAUAGAUUUGUGUUCGUGAGCAUUUGACAUUUAUAUUCCGACAUUCUAGUGGGAUAAGCAAAUGUAUUGUUAUUUGAAAUGUUUGCUAAUUUGUUGUUUUAGUAAUGUGCCAUAUACUUGUACAUAAGAGGACCAUUUGAUGGAAAUGACUGUGUGUAUAAUUUCUGAAAUUAAAUACAUAGUUGAAAUAGA